AUGGCACCAAAGAAGAAAGAAAUAGAGGAACAUCCUCCUCCAUUGAUGGGGCGAAUUGGAACGAAUCUUAAGAUGGGUAUAUUAGGAUUACCAAAUGUUGGCAAAAGUACAUUCUUUAAUGUAUUAACAAAAAGUCAAGCGCAAGCAGAGAAUUUUCCUUUUUGCACGAUUGAUCCAAAUGAAAGUCGUGUUCCAGUAUCAGAUAAACGAUUCGAUUGGUUAGUUGAACAUUUUAAGCCUGCUAGUCGUGUACCUGCUUUUUUAAAUGUAACAGAUAUUGCUGGUUUAGUAAAAGGUGCUUCGGAAGGCCAAGGUCUUGGCAACGCUUUCCUUUCACAUGUUAGCGCAUGUGAUGCUCUUUUUCAUUUAUGUCGAGCUUUUGAUGAUGAUGAUGUUACUCAUGUUGAAGGCGACGUUAAUCCAGUAAGAGAUUUGGAAAUCAUUGGAACAGAGCUCAUUAAAAAAGAUCUCCAAUAUCUUGAAGGUGCGAUUGAUAAAUUAGAAAAGCAAGCUAUCAGAGGUGGUGAUAAAAGUAAAAAACCUGAAUAUGAAACGUUACUCAAGGUGAAAAAAUUAUUAGAAGAAGAUAAAAAGCCAGUUAGACUGGAAAUAUGGAAUGAAAAAGAAAUUGAUGCGCUUAAUAAACAUCUUUUGCUAACCGCUAAACCAAUCGUAUACUUGGUGAAUUUAUCUGAAAAAGAUUAUGUUCGAAAGAAAAAUAAAUGGCUUGCAAAAAUUAAAGCAUGGUUGGAUGAAAAUGAUCCACAUGCAGCGUGCAUACCAUUUAGUGGUAUAUUAGAACUAAAAUUAAUGGAUAUGUCCGCAGAAGAAAAAGAGAAAUAUUUGAAAGAAAUCAAUUCGACAAGCGCUUUGGAUCGUAUUGUAAAAACAGGCUAUAAAGCUCUUCAACUUGAAUAUUUUUUUACGUGUGGUAAAGAUGAAGUAAAAGCGUGGACAAUUCAGAAAGGUACAAAAGCACCACAAGCGGCUGGAAAAAUUCAUAGCGAUUUCGAGAAAGGUUUUAUUAUGGCUGAAAUAUAUAAAGCGGAUGAUAUUAUGGAAUUAGGAAAUGAGAAUGCGGUGAAAGCGGCCGGAAAAUAUCGUCAACAAGGCCGAAAUCAUAUCGUCGAAGAUGGUGAUGUUAUCUUAUUUAAAUUUAAUGCUGGAGCUGGUCUUACGUCCAAGAAGAAAUAG